CUCAGCCACCACUCACUUCGAGCCACUUCAACCAGGGCACUCAUCUCCUCGUUGAUAUUGCUUUGGGCUAUAACCCGAAGGAAAACCUGCCUCUAGGACGGUGAAGAUACGUCAAGCAGAUAGGAUGGAACAAGAGCAGGACUUCACUAUGGCAUCCACGUCUGCUUCUCCGGAGGUCGCCAGCCCACCGACCAUAUGGCCUGUACACAUCGAGGUGCGAGUGGCUCCCACCGCCACAUCCCGAUUCGACACCAUCCGCACCGCGGUGCACAACUACGUCACAUCUUCCCUGACCCACCUCUACCUGCCCUCCGUGAUAACUGGAUGGGGAGACGUUCCACUGCUAGCCUCUUCUGUCUCACGUGUUGUUGCAUCCGAGUCUUCGUGCCCAUCCACCUCGCUACCCAUAGAGCGGAUCGCGCUUCAGAUACACGUCUACCAGCCAUCCGACGCAGACGCAUUCGAGGAACUCGCGAGCGGGAAUGGAAGGGGAGAUGGCGAGGAGACCAUGGCGGCGAGUGUAUGCGAGCUGCCCGCGCUGGCUUGGGAGGGUCUGUGGGAGAGCUUGAUCUACUCGGACGACAUCAAGUCGAAGUUGCUCGACUACAUCUAUGCGACUGUGAUCUUCAGUGAUGCGGAUGUUGACUUCAAUGUUGUCUCGUGGAACCGGGUAGUCCUCCUGCACGGGCCACCAGGAACGGGUAAGACGUCGCUUUGCCGCGCAUUGGCUCAAAAGCUCUCGAUCCGCCUAUCACACAGAUACGCGCAUUCGCGAUUGCUCGAGAUCAACUCGCACUCCUUGUUCUCUCGUUGGUUCUCUGAGUCUGGCAAGCUCGUACAGCGGCUUUUCAGCAGCGUAAUGGAGAUGGUCGAGGAUGAAGAUACAUUCGUAGUGGUCCUGAUUGACGAGGUCGAGUCCUUGACGGCCGCUCGUGCGGGCGCAAUGGCGGGCACAGAACCCUCUGAUGCCCUGCGUGUGGUAAACGCACUCCUGACACAACUUGACAAACUGAAGCACAAGAAGAACGUGCUCGUCAUGUCCACGAGCAACCUCGCUAAGGCUAUCGAUUCUGCCUUUGUGGAUCGCGCAGACAUCGUGCAAUACGUGGAUCUUCCCCCUCGCGAAGCGAUCUACGAGAUUCUAGGUACCUGCUUGCGAGAGCUAGUCACGAAAGGCAUUGUGGCAGAAGUGGACGUCCCUAGCUUAGCACAGGCACAGCUGUACGAGCGGACUGCUGGUUACCUCCAGACAUCUUCUCUCGCUGCGGCAUUGCCCCCACACCCAUCCGCAAGUCAGCCAACAUCCCAAGUGGCGUCUCGCAGCUUGUCUCAACAAGCGAAUGAAAAUACCGCUGACUCAAGAGAGCGUUCGAAACACGUCGCGCUCAAGCUCCUCACGUUGGCUGAGAAGUGUCGAAACCAAGGGAUGUCAGGUCGCUCGUUGAGGCGUCUCCCUGUCCUUGCACAUGCUCGUCACAUAGGCUCUCUGCCGGUGCCCACCAGAUCUACCGCGCAAGUCAAUGGGACGACGAAAGUCAAGAGGAACGGGCUUGCGCCCGACAAUAAGGGCACGGGAAUUGUCAUCGAGGUGUGGCUGGACGCGAUGGAACGUGUUAUCGACUCGCAAGCUUCGGAGAGGGAGCGGUUCGAACGGUGAUCAGUAUUGGCGUCGAUGGCGUCGGUCUGCUCUGCUCUAAAUUUGCUGUAUGGUAUGCGACAUUCUUUUUGGAACGGUACUCGGUGUCUGUCCUGUUCGUCGUCGCACAGUUGUUCUGCGUGUCUCUUGCAAUGAUCUCGAUGUAGCAUAUAUACAGUACGCCAUGAACGCAUGCAUGUGCAUGCGUACUUACGAAAGAUUCUAAGAAAUAUACCUCAAGCUGACUACUCAGGCAAAACGCUAUUUUCUCAUC